CUGCAAAAAUCUAAACUUCAUUUUAAUUAUGUCUACUGUAAAAGGGAUAGGAAGUUUUGGAAGUACAGCUCUUUUGGUAUCAUCAAUGACUGGUCCAGGAUUAGCUACUAUUCCGGCUUUAUUUCAACAGUCUGGCUGGAUUGCCCCAGUUUUUAUCUUUAUUGUAGUCGCCUUUUUAUCAGGUUGCUCUGCAUUGUUUGUUUGUGAAGCAUUAUCUAAUAUUCGCGGCAAUGAAAAAUUUCAGGCUAAGAUUGAAUUAACGACAAUAGCUCAGGUAUAUCUGGGACGAAGAUAUCAUUACUUUUUUCAGAUCAUGCUAUUCUUAGCCCUUCAAUCAGUAAAUGUUGCUAGUAUAAUCAUCGCUGCCCAGACAUUUGAUAAUAUGUUGCUGACCAUAUUUCAUGGUACCUGUGGUCUUGGUGUUUCUCCUGGGGGAUGGUUUUGCAUUACUGGUGAUGAAAUUUUCAAUCCUGAUGAUUAUUUCAUUUUCACUUUUGGCUUUCUACUUACCGCGGUUCUGGUUAUUCCUUUAGGGUUCUUUACUUUGGUUGAUAACAUUGCUGUUCAGAUGACUUCUUUUAUUGUUUUAACAGCUAUUUUAGUGCAAUGGAUGGUAGAGUUUGGUGAAGUAGGUCUGAAACCAGACCUUUUGCCUGCAAGCGGAAGUAACUCCACGACUGUUCUUGGUAUUGUUAUUUUCAACUACAGUUUCAUUACCACUAUUCCUUCCUGGGUCAAUAGUUUAAAGCCUGAUGUAAACAUUCAUAAAUGUAUGUGGAUUUCUGUAUUUAUCUCUACCGUUUUUUAUAUUGCGCUUGGUAUAUUUGGAGCCAUGGCAUACCAAAUGGAUGCUUCUAGUGAUAUCCUUAACAUUUUAAGUUCGCAGGGCUCUACUGCUGCUAUGGUUACGUCGUAUAUAUUUCCCGUCUGCGCCCUCGUCACUUCCAUUCCAGUGUUUACAAUUGUCAUCAGAUCAAACUUAUCGAGAGGUCAGAUCUGUAGUGAGCCAUGGGCUAUUUUCUGGUCUAAUUUUCUUCCUUGGUUAAUCUGCAUUCCGUUGCAAACAAAAGACUGGGUAAGCACCAUACAAAACUGGUGCAGUUUAUUCUUUCAAUCAACCGUGAACUUUAUUUUGCCCUUUGUAUUAUACUUUGUUUCUAGAAAAUAUGUUGCUUCCGUUGAGCCGAUAGAAACUAACGACAAAGUUUCAAUUUACCCAAAUGAAAAAAAUCUUUCUGCUAUACACCCUCAAACUUUGGCUUAUCCUUCACCAAUUUUGCAGAACCCUGACAACAAUGAUGUUCAUAUGUUCAACCCAGAUGAUAAUUAUUCAAUUUCCAUUAGAAGAUCGAGCAUCAGACCUUCCAAACAUAGCCAAAUGGAAUCAAAUAUAGCAUAUUCACCAAUGGCAGAAAAAAGUGGAGUUCCAACAAUUAUAUAUAGUGACAUUAUCAGUUUUAAUAACGAUCCUAUUACCCCAUAUUCACCAAACGCUUUAGCACCUGGUAAAAAACAUUUGGCUCCAUCUCCAUCUCCUUCUCCGUCAACAUUGACAUCUAAUACUCGAAAGUCUGCCAACGGUCUUGGAAUAUCUGAUCCUUCUUUAGACAAUAACAGUGCAAAAACUCCAGUCAAUGCCUCGUCUGCUCCUGGGUCACCAAUGUCUUUCGUUAGCACAACAGAUAAAAAAGUGGAAAGCACCAAACAUAACCAACAGUCACCUAUUAUGGGCAAAUUACAUAAGCCUAUACCCAAAUCCCCAGAAAUAUCCCAAGCAUCACCACAUUUAGCAUCACCACACUUAGGAUCUUUGCCUAGACCAUUUCACCAUUCUUCAAUCCUUGCUAGUGCUAUCUCGUUUAAGAAUUCUCUUGUUGCUCCUGAAGUUGAUAAAUCCGUUCUGAGUGAAGCAGAUACAAAACAUGAAAAUGAGCGAUUCAUUGCCUUUCUUCCAAAACGUUGGUUAAACCCAUUUUAUUUAGCCAUCGGUGCAUGUGCAGCACUGAGUAUAUCUGUUUCUUUCAUGAUUGUUUACGAUUUAACUAUGUUGGGCUUGGGAAAUGAUGUUCUCAGUUAAAUAACCCAAAACUAUUUUUACAUUACUUUAUCAUCACAAACUAUAAUAUUAUUACAUUAUUUUUUUAACCAAUAAACCAAAAUAUUCCAAAUAUAUUAA